GAGGGCGCGGUGGCGGCGCUCUGCGAGCUGAUGCGGCGCUGGCCCGCCGACGCCGACGUGCUCGCAGGCGCUGCAUUCGCGCUGCGCUCCCUGCUCGAGGCCGACGCCAGCGUCGCCGCCGCGGGACGGUCCGCGGGCGCCCCGCAGCGGCUGCGGGCAGCGCUCGCGGAGCACCCGGCCCGCACGGAGCUGCAGCACGAGGGCCUGCACGCCUUGCAGCUGCUCGCCACCCUGGGCGGCAGCGGGGGUCCCGUGGGCUGGGAGGACGACCCGGGCUCCGGCCGGAGGGGCCUCGCCAGCGCCCUCCUGGAGCGGCGCGCGGCCGACGCCACCAGGCCCGACGCAGUGAGCACAGCGAUGGGCUGGCUGCUGUCCGGGGGGCGCUCGCCGGCGGGCCUCCGCGCCCGGCAGGGCAGCAGCGAGCCACCUGGGCGGCGUGCACGCGCGCCGGCGCCGUGCAUGCCAGCGCCGGCCCCGCCGCAAGGAGUUGUGCCGCGCUUGGACUCCCGGGCCACGCCGCGGCGCGGCACGACGGAUGGCUGGUCCUCGCCGCUGUCGGGUCCGCCCAGCGCGAGCGCUCCAUCGACAGGCCGCGAGGGCCGCUCCAGCUCCCGGGCCGCGCGGCCGACGCCUCCCCGGCGCUGGGCCGCCACCGCCGCCGAGCGCGAUGAGUCGCCGCACACCCCGCCCGCGGCGCGGCUGCCCGCCGCGCGGCUGCCGAGAUGGGAGGCCGGCUACGCGACAGCCAACGAAGGCUCCCCAGGCCCCGCGGGCGCCGCGGCGCUGGUGGGGGGCGUGCCCUGCCUGUGA